AUGGAUUCAUACGGAUCUUCACUCAAUCGCAGCCAAUCGCUGACAAGCGGCCUGGAGAAGUCUUCACCAACGUGGAAACCGUCCCACUCUAGGAGCAGCAGCACUCUGUCAUCUCGCCACUCCAGACAGAUCAUCAAAGACUGGGAAGUGAUUGACGACCCUCAGGCAGAAAUGCACGCAGGAGGUGACAACCCUCAGGAUAUGACCACCCCAGGUAUCUGUGAAGGAUAUCUCCUCAAGAGGAGGAAGUGGCCUCUGAAAGGUUGGCACAAGCGAUACUUUGUGUUGGAAGCAGGGAACUUGCGUUACUCCAAAAGUCAACACGAUGUCUCCAGAGGACGAGUCCAGGGCUCUCUAGAUCUGAGCUUCGCAGUCAUGUCGAUUAACAAGAAGUCAAAUCGGAUUGACUUGGAUGCAGGAGACAUUCUCUAUCACAUGAAGGCCAAGAGCCAUGAACUCUUCUACAUUUGGGUGACCAAACUACAAGCCCACCGCCAGUACAAGAAGAACGAGGCAGCUCACGUUCACAGCAGCCUCCUCCAGACUUUGUCCCAAGGCACUGCGGCCGGACAUGAGCAGAGAAAUGGAGAUCUGAGCUCUGCAGGCAUGGUGGAUUCAGCAGGAGCUCCAGCAGUCGUGCUGCCGUCAGAUAACACGGCUGUGAACAGCAAAGUGUCGGCCUGGCUGCAGCAAAGUCACGACCCAGACACCUGUGUCCAAGAGCUGAACCGUUGCUGUGUGGACAUUUCUGAGCUAAACCGCUUAAUCCAGAGGCUGCAGCUGCUGGAGGCCGGCCAGGCUUUCACUAACGGAGACCUGAAGCGCAUCAUCAGCAUACAGAAUCUGUCGCUUGAGAAGCCGAAGAAGUCGAGGUCGGGGAAGAUGUGGGGCCACUCUCGCACAUUAUCCAGAGUGGAGGCCCUGGGAAUGCCUAUUCGUGGGAUUACUAAAUCGCUGUCCUCCAGUCACCUGAACAGCUCACCUCACCUGGGUACAUCAGUCCCCUCUAUCCCUGAAUACGUCUACUCCCAGCUGUCCCCUCCUACUGUCACGUCGCCUGAGGGCAAGAAAAUCCAGCAGGACAUCUGCGCCAUGUCGCUAAGAGUGCUUGCCUCCCUGAAGACAGUACAUGAAACUCUGUCCCAGGAGAGGCAGAAAAUGCAGGAAGUCUGGGAAAGUAACAACAUCCACCAGUCUAACACAUUAGCUGAGCCUGCAGUGGUGAGGCGCUCAUCCCACGGGCCUCCCUCAGUAGCAGACUCGGCUGCGGAGUAUUUUGAUGCCAGCGAUGACAUCCUUUGUGGCAGUUCUUCUGAGGUGUCUGAUGAAUCAGGACUUAGUGAUGGAAGCACCACCAACUCUGAGCCAGAGGAAGGACAUGUAUCGGCCACCAGGAAGUACCGUGCUAGCAUCUCCAAGUCUCCUAACAGUGUCGUUCCCAAGAGCACCGGCCGGCGAACUAAGCUGCCUGCUCACUGUCCUGACAACAGCCACGUGGGCCUCAUGGCCAUCCUCUACAAUAACAUAGGUAAAGACUUGGCUCGAGUGUCCAUGCCUGCUCCUCUCAAUGAGCCUGUUAACCUGCUGCAGAGACUGUGUGAAGAGCUGGAGUACAGUGAGCUGCUGGAUACUGCCAACAACACAGCAGACCCCUACCAGAGGAUGAUUUACAUUGCUGCCUUUGCCAUCUCUGGUUACUCUACCGCGACGUUCAGAAACCGCUACAAGCCCUUUAACCCGGUGCUGGGGGAGACCUACGAGUGCAUCAGAGAGGACCGGGGCUUUCGCCUCAUCAGCGAGCAGGUUUCCCAUCAUCCCCCCAUCUCUGCCUGCCAUGCGGACUCAGACAACUUCUCCUUCUGGCAAGACCAGCGAUGGAAAAAUAAAUUCUGGGGGAAGUCACUGGAGAUUCUGCCGACAGGAAUGGUGAAUGUCACUCUCCCAAGGUAUGGAGACCACUACGAGUGGAACAAAGUAGUGACCUGCAUCCAUAACGUGCUCAGUCAGCAGCGCUACCUGGAGCACUACGGAGAGGUCACCAUUCGCAACCUCAAAAGUAACGUCUGCACCUGCAAGAUUACCUUCGUCAAGUCUCGUUACUGGGGUUCAGACACGAACAAGAAUGAGGUGCAGGGGACGGUGCUGGACCAAAGUGGGAGCGUCAUUCACCGGUUCGGAGGUCUGUGGCAUGAAGGCAUCUUCUGCGACACUCUGCCCACGCCGCAAUGUGUCUGGAAGCCAAAUCCCCAGCCAAAGGAUUACCAGCUGUACUAUGGCUUCUCUACUUUUGCCAUGGAGCUGAAUGAGCUCACCCCAGACCUGCUGCCUCUCCUGCCCCCUACAGACAGCCGCCUGCGCCCAGACCAAAGGAUGCUGGAGGAAGGAAAGGUGGAUGAAGCAGACAAAAAGAAAGAUGACAUAGAGGAGUUUCAGAGGGAGCGAAGAAAAGAGCUCAUCAAAAGAGGAGAAGAACAUGUUCCACGCUUUUUCAAGAAAGCCAAAGAUUCCUGUGGACGGGACGUGUGGUUGACCAACGGAACGUACUGGAAGCUCCGAGAGAAUCCAGGUUUUGCUAAUAUUGAGAACACAGCUAUGUGGUGAUGAGACGACAGCGACGAGCAAUGCCAGACAAAAAAACACAAGAGAGAGAGAGAGAGAGAGAUUGAAAAAUAUCAGUAAUUGAUAUUUGAGCAGCGUGUAUGAACCGCUCUAAGAAAUGUGCAGAGUGGAGAGAGUGCUGCUGAUCUCUUCUCGUUCCUUCUGAGCGCCCAUGACUGGCUCAUGGGACACCUCCCUACCUGGCCGUCCCUUCAGACCAGUGAAGUCACUCAGCAUCCAGUGCAGGUGAAGAAAGACUUUCUCAUCAAGAUGGAUUUUCUAAUGCAUUUAAAACAUUUUUUAGGCUACUUAAAUAACCGCAUAUAUCUUUCUAUUUUUGGGAAUUUCUAUGGAAAAAUUGUUUCUGCAGAAAAGACUGAUCAUGUGACGCACACUCUGCAGACAUUAACAUGAAAAAAUGACUUGAGAUGACAAUGAAAUCUGGUUUAAAGUGUAUAUAUUAGUGUGUUAAAUGUAAACAGUCAAUCAAAUCAUGUCCUACUCAACCGGUUUACUGCAUUUUAUGAUGAGAACAACUGAAUGUUGGAACGUACUGAAGUCAAUGCUACGGUCAGGGUGCAACUGCCCCAGGGCCCCAGACCCAUGAGGGGGCCAGUUGGUUUGUGGUAAUUUGAUUUACUGAAGAUUUGUUUGGGAAUAUGCACCACUAAGGUACUUCUGAAACUGUGUAUUAUUCUAUGUGAGUUGGCUGUUUGGCCACACGCAACUGCACUUUUGGGCCCCCGAAACUUUCUUUGAAACUGGAGUCCAGGGUGAAGUUUUUGGAAGAUUCCAGUGCCAGUGGUUGUGUGUAGAUAGGAUAACCGCAGUAUUUUAUUACCUGUCUCCACUGUUUGACGUCAGAGCGACGGUAAAUAGCUAGUGAAAUGGCAGACCAAACAAUCAUGCCGGUGCUAAAUUUAUUUGUGAGUGUGCUAGCUGCUGUCUUUGGAUGGCAUAUCCAGCUGCUUGACCUAACGACCAACGAAGGAGGCUGCUCCUGUG